AUGGGGAACGAGCGUUGGAAAACCGUGGGAGGAGCCUCGCAACUUGAGGAUGGGCAGCAGGAGAAAUCACAGAGGAUGAGCUGUGGGUACAUCCUGUGCACCGUCCUGCUCUCGGUGGCCGUCCUCCUGGCAGUGACGGUCACGGGGGCCAUCCUCUUCAUGAACCACUACCACACGCCCGUCACCGAGUCGCCCCCCGUCAUCAGCACCAACCCCGAGGAGGCCAAUGCCCUGGUGACCAUCGAGAAAGCCGACAGCUCCCGCAUCAACAUCUUCAUCGACCCCAACUGCCCCAGCGCUGCCGGCACCCUGGGGCGCAUGGAGGGGCUGCAGACCUCCCUGCUGCGAGCCGUCACUGACCACGACGCCGAGGCCAAGGCCACCAAGAGCCAGCAGAAGGCCCUGCUGGUCACAGUGGCAGAUGAGGUGGCCAAGCUGCUGACCCACGCUGUGCAGCUGCGUGCCGACUGCGACGGCCUCAAGAAGGGGCACAGCGCCAUGGGGCAGGAGCUCAGCGCCCUGCAGGGAGAGCAGGGCAGGCUCAUCCAGCUGCUCUCGGAGAGCCAGACCAACAUGGCUCGGCUGGUGAGCUCUGUCAGUGAUGUCCUGGACACGCUGCAGAAGGAGCGCGGCGGGGCCCGGCCCCGGCUCAAGGCUGACCUGCAGCGCGCACCGGCCAGGGGAGCGCGGCCCCGGGGCUGCUCCAACGGCUCCCGGCCCCGAGACUGCUUUGACAUCUAUGCAAGUGGACAGCAAGAGGAUGGGAUUUACUCCAUCUUCCCCACACACUACCCUGAUGGCUUCCAGGUCUACUGUGACAUGACGACAGACGGGGGCGGCUGGACGGUGUUUCAGCGGAGGGAGGACGGCUCCGUGAACUUUUUCCGUGGCUGGGAAGCCUACCGGGACGGCUUCGGGAAGCUGACAGGAGAGCACUGGCUAGGGCUGAAGAGGAUCCACCUGCUGACGGUGCAGGGCAGCUACGAGCUCCGCAUCGACCUGGAGGACUUUGACAACGGCACCGCCUUCGCCCACUACGGCAGCUUCGGGGUGGGGCUCUUCUCUGUCGACCCCGAGGAGGACGGGUACCCCAUCACCAUCGCUGACUACUCAGGGACAGCAGGUGACUCCUUCCUGAAGCACAACGGGAUGAAAUUCACCACCAAGGACCUGGACAACGACCACUCGGAGAACAACUGCGCUGCUUUCUACCACGGUGCCUGGUGGUACCGCAACUGCCACACCUCCAACCUCAACGGGCAGUACCUCAAGGGCCACCACAGCUCCUACGCCGAUGGCAUCGAGUGGUCCUCCUGGACCGGCUGGCAGUAUUCCCUCAAGUUCACCGAGAUGAAGAUCCGGCCCGUCCGGGAGGAGAAUUAG